CUUGCUGGUGCUGCGGGAGGAGGAGGAGGCGGAGGCCCCGCGCCGCCCCCGCCGCCGCCUUUGUCUGCGCGGGGCCGGGCGGACGCGGCGGGGCCGUGAGAAUGGAACUGACUGAAGGCCCUAUGAGAAAAAGGGAAAGCUAAGGAUGCUGGAGCAGAACAAUGGAUUUCUCUUUCUCUUUCAUGCAAGGGAUCAUGGGAAACACAAUUCAGCAACCACCUCAACUCAUUGACUCGGCCAACAUCCGCCAAGAGGAGGCCUUCGAUGGCAGCAGUGACAUUGCCGAGGAUGGGGGCCGGACGCCGUACGAGGCCGCGCUGCAGCCAGGCUUCCAGUACCCCCCGCCCUCAGAGGAGCUGCCCACCCUCACCAACGGCUACCCCCCGGCCAUCAGCAUGUAUGAACCCCAGGGCAAGUACCAGGGCUACCCUGGGUACCCCAAUGGGUCUGCCAAUGGCUUUGGGACGGGCAGGAACUUCAGCCCCACGGAGUAUUACCAGCUGGAGAACUCCAAUGGCAGGCAGCACGAAGGGCUGGAGAAGCCUUCCCCUCCUCCCCAGCCGCCUCCACCACCGCCACCACCACCACCUCCACAAGUGGGGAUUCCAAAGAAGACUGGCUCACCAGAGAUCAAACUGAAAAUAACCAAAACUAUCCAGAACGGCAGGGAAUUGUUUGAGUCCUCCCUGUGUGGGGACCUGUUGAAUGAAGUCCAAGCCAGGGAGUACGCUAAGGCAAAACAUGAAGGGAGGAAAGAGAAAAGGAAAAAAAGUAGCAAGCAUGACUCUUCCCGCUCGGAAGAGCGCAAGGCACACAAAAUUCCCAAAUUAGAACCAGAGGAGCAAAAUAGACCAAAUGAGAGGCUUAGCACACUCUCUGAGAGACCAAGAGAAGAUGCAGUGCUGGAGGAAGCCCCGGUCCAGCAGCUCGUGCCAUCCCUUCCAGCGCAGGUCACCCACGACGUCAAGUUCCAGGUUGGGGAUCUGGUUUGGUCCAAGGUGGGGACGUACCCAUGGUGGCCUUGCAUGGUGUCCUGUGAUCCACAGCUUGAUGUGCACACCAAAAUUAAUACAAGAGGUGCCCGGGAAUACCACGUUCAGUUCUUCAGCAACCAGCCAGAGCGGGCCUGGGUGCACGAGAAGCGCGUCCGCGAGUACCAAGGGCACAAACAGUACGAGCAGUUACUGGCUGAGGCAGCCAAGCAAGCCAGCAACCACUCUGAGAAACAGAAGAUUCGCAAGCCGCGGCCGCAGCGGGAGCGAGCGCAGUGGGACAUUGGCAUUGCCCACGCCGAGAAAGCGCUGAAAAUGACCCGGGAGGAGAGGAUAGAACAGUACACCUUCAUUUACGUAGACCAAGAGCCAGAGGAAGCUUUGGCCAAAGCCAAAAAGACUGCUGCUUCCAAAGCAGAGGCCAAGAAGAACCGGCGGCCGAAGGCGGCGCCGAGCUCGCAGCCGGAGCACGGCCCUGCGGCCCCGGGCUCCUCACCCUGCCACGGUGAGCGCCGGCAGGGCCAGCGCAGGCACUCCGGCCCCGAGGAGGAGGAGGCUCCACCUGUGAAAAUCGCCUGGAAAACAGCUGCAGCUAGGAAAUCCCUGCCAGCUUCCAUCACCAUGCACAACCUGGAUCUGCAAAAGUGUAACAUGUCUCCGGUUGUUAAAAUUGAGCAGGUUUUUGCCCUUCAGAAUGCUGCUGGGGAUGGAAAGCUCAUCGAUCAAUUUGUUUAUUCCACCAAGGGAGUUGGUAACAAAACAGAAAUAAGCGUCAAAGGACAAGAGAAACUGAAUUCUUCAUCAGCUCAGAGAAGUGAGAAAGCUGUGGUGCAAAAUGCAUCCUCUCCUGAGACAACUUCUGGGGCAGCAGGUUCUGUAGAAAAGAAGCAACAGAGAAGAUCGAUUCGAACCCGCUCCGAGUCUGAGAAAUCCACUGAAGUUGUGCCAAAGAAGAAGAUCAAAAAGGAGCAGGUUGAAGCUGUCCCACUGGCAGCAGUGAAGACGGGGUUGCAGAAAGGUGCCAGUGAGAUUUCAGACUCCUGUAAACCCUUAAAGAAGAGAAGUCGUGCCUCCACUGACAUGGAACUGACCAGCUCAGCCUACAGGGACACGUCUGACUCUGACUCCAGAGGACUCAAUGAUUUGCAGGGCAGUUUUGGGAAGCGUUCAGACAGCCCCUCAGCCACUGCUGAUGCUGAUGCCUCAGAUGUGCAGUCAGUGGACUCCAGCUUAUCCAGGAGAGGAACUGGAACAAGUAAAAAAGACACUGUUUGUCAGAUCUGUGAGAGCUCUGGCGAGUCGCUGCUGGCCUGCGAGGGCGAGUGCUGCAGCAUGUUCCACCUGGAGUGUCUCGGCCUGAAGGCCAUGCCUGAGGAAAAGUUCAUCUGCACCGAGUGUAAGAAUGGAGAGCACACGUGCUUUUCCUGCAAGCAGCCUGGCAAGGACGUGAAGCGCUGCUCUGUCAGCACCUGUGGCAAGUUCUACCACGAGUCCUGCGUGCGCAAGUUUGCCACGGCCCUGUUCGAGUCGCGCGGCUUCCGCUGCCCGCAGCACUGCUGCACCGCCUGCUCCAUGGACAAGGACAUGCACAAAGCCAGCAAAGGUCGCAUGGCGAGAUGUCUGCGCUGCCCCGUGGCGUAUCACUCUGGAGACGGCUGCAUCGCUGCAGGAAGCUUGUUUGUGUCAUCCCACAUCCUCAUCUGUAGUAACCAUUCCAAAAGGACUCACUCCUCAUCAGCUGUAAAUGUAGGCUUUUGUUUCGUUUGUGCAAGAGGGCUGGUAGUGCAGGACCAUUCAGACCCCCUGUUCAGUUCCUAUGCCUAUAAGUCCCACUACCUACUGAAUGAGUCAAAUCGUGCUGAGUUGAUGAAAUUACCUAUGAUUCCUCCUCCUUCGUCAGCUUCCAAAAAGAAAUGUGAGAAAGGUGGCAAACUGUUGUGCUGUGAGUCGUGCCCAGCUUCCUUCCACCCCGAGUGUCUGAGCAUAGAAAUGCCUGAGGGCUGCUGGAAUUGCAAUGACUGUAAAGCUGGCAAGAAGCUGCGGUACAAGCAGAUCGUUUGGGUCAAGCUUGGGAAUUACAGGUGGUGGCCAGCAGAGAUCUGCAAUCCCAGGUCUGUGCCUCUCAACAUACAGGGCCUCAAACAUGAUAUCGGGGACUUCCCAGUAUUUUUCUUUGGUUCACAUGACUACUAUUGGGUACACCAGGGCAGAGUUUUCCCUUAUGUUGAAGGAGAUAAAAGCUUUGCUGAGGGGCAAACUAGUAUUAACAAGACCUUCAAGAAAGCACUUGAAGAAGCAGCAAAGCGUUUCCAGGAACUGAAAGCACAAAGAGAAAGCAAAGAGGCAUUGGAAAUUGAAAGGAAUUCAAGGAAGCCUCCACCCUAUAAACACAUUAAAUCCAACAAGGUGAUCGGCAAGGUGCAGAUCCAGGUUGCAGACCUGUCGGAGAUCCCGCGCUGUAACUGCAAGCCCUCAGAUGAGAACCCGUGUGGGCUGGAGUCAGAGUGCCUCAACAGGAUGCUGCAGUACGAGUGCCACCCUCAGGUGUGCCCAGCUGGGGAGCGCUGCCAGAACCAGUGCUUCACCAAGAGGCUCUACCCCGACGCUGAGAUCAUCAAAACCGAGCGCCGCGGUUGGGGCCUGCGCACCAAGAGGAGCAUCAAAAAGGGUGAAUUUGUGAAUGAAUAUGUUGGGGAGCUGAUUGACGAGGAGGAGUGCCGGCUGCGGAUCAAACGUGCUCACGAGAACAGUGUCACCAAUUUUUAUAUGCUGACUGUAACCAAGGACCGAAUAAUAGAUGCUGGCCCAAAGGGGAACUACUCUCGUUUUAUGAACCAUAGUUGUAACCCAAACUGUGAAACACAGAAGUGGACAGUGAAUGGUGACAUUAGAGUUGGACUGUUUGCUCUUUGUGACAUUCCUGCAGGAAUGGAAUUAACAUUCAAUUACAACCUGGAUUGCCUGGGCAACGGCAGGACCGAGUGUCACUGUGGAGCAGAAAACUGCAGCGGCUUCCUGGGAGUGCGGCCCAAGACAGCAUUUGCAUCGGCAAAUGAAGAGAAGGUGAAAAACGCAAAACUAAAGCAGAAGAAACGGAAAAUAAAAACAGAGCAGAAGCAGAUGCAUGAAGAUAACUGUUUCCAGUGUGGAGAUGGGGGAGAGCUGGUCAUGUGUGAUAAGAAGGACUGUCCCAAAGCAUACCACCUCCUAUGCCUUAACCUGACUCAACCACCUUUUGGAAAGUGGGAAUGUCCAUGGCAUCAGUGUGACAUCUGUAGCAAUCCUGCCGUGUCCUUCUGUGAGUUUUGCCCCCACUCCUUCUGCAAGGAUCACGAGAAGGGAGCCCUGGUGCCGUCGGCGCUGGACGGCCGCCUCUGCUGCUCCGCCCACGAUCCCAAAUCUCCUGUGGCCCCCGAGUACUGGAGCAAGAUCAAGUGCAAAUUGGAAGCACAGAACGCUGUGGAAGAGGCAAAGGAGUGAAUUUGGUUUAAAAACAAACACGGGAGGGGAGAAGAGGGGCAGCAGGCGAUGAACUCGGAGUUUGCAGCGCCACACUCGGCUUUGUCCUCGGAGCCGUCACGUGUGAGCUGCAGUGGGACCAUUGAGCUGAGCGAGAAGGACCAGGCAGUGGUGUUGGGUUUUUAUUGUUUGGUCUUUCUUUUACCCUUGAAUGUGCUACAGCAGCUCUUACUGUUGGAAACCAGGAGCGUCUUGGCCUUUGAAGAAAACCGUAAACCUUUUGACAGUGAAAAGAAUAUUCUGUUUAAAAUAAUGUUCUUUUGAGUGUAGAAAGCAAAGCAUAGCCACAUAUUUAUUUAUUUAAUUUUGAAAGGGUGUUGAAGAUCUGGCUUUGAUCAGUCAUCGUGUCUUUAAAAACAAAACAGCGAAGCCAACGUAACUUUUGUGUCUAGUUUAUGGAAAGAGCAAAGCCUGUCCCCUCUGUAACACUGAGAUGCCAAACAGACAGGUGUGGGUGUCAGACCAGGUGGCUCUGCAAUGCCUCUGUUCCACUACUUAUUGGUAAAGGCAUUGGAGAAGGUAGGUUGUCUCUCAUGUUUACUUCUGAAUAUUAUUGUGAAGCUUUUCCUGUGAGAAAUCAGGUGUGUGACUUCUGGGAAGUGCUCGGAACACAAGGUCUGGCAGUGAGGAGGAAAUGGUGGUGCCUUGCUCCAGAG